UUUGAAUGGUUCAUAAGAAUAUAGACCCUCAAAGUGACCACAAUGAAGCGUGAGCAGAAAGACACAGAAUGAGCACCAAGGGACUGAGUUACUACAGAGAGACGUACAAACACCACCUGCUGAUAAAGGACAACACAAAGAGGCGGAGCUGCUUUGAAGCAGAGCUUUUCAAAGUGUCUCUUACCUGGCACUCGCCUGAAAUAAGGUCUAUUUCAUUACUGAACAGAGCGUCAGCAUCUUCUGCAACUCUGAGGAACAUGAACCAGGUUACUGGACAUGGUGCACAUUUCCAAUCUCAGCUGAUAGAGAUCUGUCGUCCAUAGUUCACUGAUCAGGGCGUCUCCAUGUGAUGAACCAGGGAGACAUUAACGGCCACAUUGGAACAAACAAGGGAUUACAGAAAACACAAGGAGGCGAAAUAUCUAGAGUUUCAAAGGUAAAAACUCCAAAUAUCCAAAAAGAGACAUCACAUGUGUACAAAGUUUCCCAACAUGAAUACAAAGAGACAGGAAGUGAGCACAGAAACUCCUUCAGAGCUGGAUGGUGUUGCCUCUCCGUGACUUCAUGCUGACUUGAAGCUGGAGGGAACACCAGAGAGCUGCUUGGUGCACUGCAUUAGUUUACUUAGUGGAAUGCUGUGCAGCCAUACUUUCAGCUCCAGGAACCAUUCAGACAUCACAAGAUGCAGCCUUUUCAGCACAUGAUGGGACACUUUGUACUUUUUCAAAACACUUUAUACUUUUUGAAAUAUUCAGCUUUUUAAACUCUUUAUGUAACUCAAUGGGAGGAACCUUCAAAUCCUCUUUUAGCUACACCGUGCACCAAAAGCUUCUCCUUCCACAUACUUUCAGCUAGAGACUUCAUUCCAACUUUAAAAUGAUCACAAGACAUUCAGCUAUUAAACAUGUUCUUCAGAUUUAUGAUAUCUUUUACACUUUUUGAGAUAUUUCACUUAGUUUGGAGCUUGGUAAAGAGGCCUUCUAUACAUUUACAGUGGAGGAAACAAGUAUUUAACCCCCUUCAGAUUUUGUAAGUUUACCCACUUAUUUUACAACUAAAAGCUCUUUUCAAAGGAAGAGCAGGUUGUAACCGAGGCUCUGUGGAGGUCAGAGUCUGAGCACUGCUCCUCCUCCUGGAAUGAGUCAGCGUUUGAUGAGCCCUCCCUCUUCUUCCUGCUCUCAGACACAGCCAGCUCCACUCUGUGUUUCCUGGCUCCUCCCCUUCAGACCCACACUGAGGAGGAGGGGUGAAACCAACAUGUGGGUAAAGUACGAGAGCUGAUAGGCCACAUUCACUGCUCACACACAUGCUGUCAGAUCAGCUGUCACUAGUUUCAGUUCAGCUGGAGCGGGAAAUGUUAUCUUGUCCCAUCUGUCUGGAUCUACUGAAGGAUCCGGUGAGCACUUCCUGUGGACACAGCUACUGCAUGAAGUGUAUUAAAGGCUUCUGGGACGGAGAGGAUGAGAAGAAGAUCCACAGCUGCCCUCAGUGCAGGCAGAGCUUCACACCGAGGCCUGUCCUGCUGAAGAACACCAUGUUAGCAGCUUUAGUGGAGGAGCUGAAGAAGACUGGACCCCCAGCUGCUCCUGCUGAUCUCUGCUAUGCUGGAGCUGAAGAUGUGGCCUGUGAUGUCUGCACUGGGAGGAAGCUGAGAGCCUGUAAGUCCUGCCUCGUGUGUCUGGCCUCUUACUGUGACAAACACCUCCAGCCUCAUUAUGACGCAGCUCCAUUACAGAAACACAAGCUGGUGGAGCCCUCCAAGAAGCUCCAGGAGAACAUCUGCUCUCGUCACGACGAGGUGAAGAAGCUGUUCUGCCGCACUGAUCAGCAGAGUAUCUGUUCUCUCUGCUCUGUGGACGAACACAAAGGCCACGACACGGUGUCAGCUGCAGCAGAGAGGACUGAGAGGCAGAGAGAGCUGGAGGGGAGUCGACUCAACAUCCAGCAGAGGAUCCAGGACGGAGAGAAGGAGGUGAAGCUGCUUCAGCAGGAGGUGGAGGCCGUCAAUGGCUCUGCUGAUAAAGCAGUGGAGGACAGUGAGAAGACGUUCACUGAGCUGAUCCGUCUCAUGGAGAAGAGAAGCUCUGAUGUGAAGCAGCAGCUCAGAUCCCAGCAGAAGAGAGAAGUGAGUCGAGUCAGAGAGCUCCAGGAGAAGCUGGAGCAGGAGAUCUCUGAGCUGAAGAGGAGAGACGCUGAGCUGAAGCUGCUGUCUCACACAGAGGAUCACAACCAGUUCCUGCUCAGCUACCCCUCACUGUCAGCCCUCAGUGAAGCUACACACUCCUCCAGCAUCAACAUCCGUCCUCUGAGCUACUUUGAGGACGUGACGGCGGCCCUGUCAGCAGUCAGAGACAAACUACAGGACGCCCUGAGAGAGGGAUGGACAAACGUCUCACCGACUGAAGCUGGGUUCUUCACAUAUUCACAGGAGAUCACUCUGGAUCCAAACACAGCAUUCACAUAUCUGUUAUUAUCUGAGGGGAGCAGAAAAGCAACAGCCGUGGAACAACGUCAGUCUUAUUCCAGUCACCCAGACAGAUUCACUGGAUGGUAUCCUCAGGUCCUGAGUCGAGAGAGUCUGACUGGACGUUGUUACUGGGAGGUGGAGUGGAGAGGGGAAGGAGUUCGUGUAGCUGUCGCAUACAAGAAUAUCAGCAGAGCAGGGGGGGAAAGUCUAUUUGGAAACAAUGACAAAUCCUGGUCCUUAGUUUGUGACCAAAACAGUUUUACAUUUAUUCACAACAGUAGGGCCUCCGCUACGCCACUGCCUCUGUCCUCCAGAGUAGGAGUGUACCUGGAUCACAGAGCAGGUGUUCUGUCCUUCUACAGCGUCUCUGAAACCAUGACUCUCCUCCACAGAGUGCAGACCACGUUCACUCAGCCGCUACAUGCUGGACUUUAUGUUUAUUUUAAUUAUGGAGACACUGCUGAGUUUUGUAAACUCUAAUAGUCUGAAGUCCUUGGAAGAACUCUUCUACUUCUUGAACUCACCGUGUGUCCAUCAGAGCUGAUUGUCCAUGUCUUCACUGCAGAGAUCAGCUGUCACUCAAACAUGAUGGGUGGGGCUUGAACGUCUUCUCAUGAGUUGUUCUGUAGAUGUUGGACUUUCUCCCGGCUCCUUCCUGUGUCUGUGUAGCAUGGAGGCUGUCACUGCUCAGGAGGAUCCUUGCUCACCUGGAAACUUUGCUCUAAAGAUUUGCUGGAUGUUUCUUUUGAUUCAUGUUGUUGUUUCUCUUGUAGUGCACGAGUCUUCAGAGACAUUUAGAAUCACAUGUAUUACUUUGACAGAUUCCAUGUUAUUGCUGCCCAAAUGAACCAACACAUUCAACCCAGAUGGCAAUGCAUGCUGGGAUUUGGUGUUUAUAUGA